CACGUGUGAGUCCGAUGGCGUCGCGCAUGCGCAGAGCGGUUGGUGGGGAUUUCCAGUGUGUUGAAGCUGGCACCGCACAACAUGUUGGUCCCCAUACACGGCCUCCCCUGCAAAGGCUGACCUUGAACUCGCUGCUGGUGGCGAACCCUGUGAGUAACCUCGUACAAGGGCGUUUUGGCUAAUGAGGCAUCCAGAGAUAGCCACCAGAGCAGACAUGAUCACAAGGCGAAACUGCAUCCGAAAUUAAACCAAGAGGCGGCUCUCAACCAGGCCACAGCUUUGAUAUCUCCUCUCCUCUUCUCCUCUGCCAAGUUGUAUAUUUGGACGAUGAUUGUGUGAUACUGACCCCCGCCCCCAAAACCCAUUCUGCUGGUCUGCCUGGCUGUUUGUGGCCAGAGGGCUCCUGAAAUGGCCUGAGGGAGAUUCUGGGCUGGGGGAAUGACCAAAGAGACAUUUGCAGCCUAAAGCGGCUCUUUGCCACAAAUGGAUGCCAAGCUUCGAGAGGACCUGUUCCGGAGGUAUGUGGCGUCCCUGGAAAAGCGGCUCGAAGAAGGAGCCGGGGGUGAGAUAGGAGGAGGAGGAGGAGGUGGAGGUCAAGGAACCACGAGUGAGGAGGCCCUCAUUUCCACGGCAACAGCCCUGCUGGGGGCGUAUCAGCCUGACCCUGGGCACCGUUUUCGCAUGAUCCGCUUCUACGACAUUGUGGAGAAUUCGCUUCGGACUCUGAGGGGCGCCAACCUGCGCACGCUGGAGACUGCUUUUGCCACACUGGAGACCGUGUGCACCAACCUGCUGCUGUUUCCCUGGAAGAAGGAAUUCCGUUGCAUUAAGACCUUCACUGGGCCAUAUGUGUACCAUCUUCAGUCUGCAAUUUGCGAUGCGGACCUGCGCGCACUGCUUCGCUCCAUGGGGUACUCGCGAGACCAGGAGCUGCAGUACAUCGUCCGUGAGCACCCUGGUGGUUCUGCACACUUACGACAGCUGGCCUUUGAGCUUCUGUUGGCCCAAGCUGAGUGCCGUCUUCUGGGGGAGGUGGUGGCUUUGUCCAGGGGCACAGCCUCAGAGCUGGAGGCCGUGGAGGUGAGAAGGAACACCAGGGAAGAUGCUGCCGGUUGUGCCGACGCCCUCCGCAGGCGGGACAGCCUUACCGGAGACAUGACCCGCUUAUCGGUGCGUCCUGCCGAUAUCGAGCGUGCCCAUUUGAGGCGGAGUGGCCGCCCGUCUAAGUCUGUGGAUGUGACGGAUAGUGCGGGGCACUGGCACCAAGCCAGCAAGCCCAUUCUUAAGGCAUCACUGAGUCUGCGUAAGGAGCCGCUGUUUGUAGACACUGAGGAGGACCUAAAGGAUGAAAUCAUCCGUCCUGGGACUUCGCUUCAUCCUGCUGCAGCUCUGCCUUCGCACAGUCCAGUGGCCGACUUCUUCCCCAUUCAGUCUCCUCCUUCUGAGCCUUACCCUUACCACCUGUCUUCUCUGGACGAAAUCGAUCUGUACACCGAACGAGGCCUAGGAGGCCGGCAGACGCCUUCAAGGCCACCGAGCCGUGAAGCGAGGGAUGGCUGGGCGAUAAAAAGCCAUGGGGUGAAGUGCCAGGGCUGUGGAUUGGGCUGCCCAACUCUGUCCUCAUGCCAGAGAUGCGAUAUGAUCCUGUGUCCGUCCUGUCACGCAGUGGAGCCGACACCAUGCUGCGGUUUCCAGGACUACCCAAAAACCUCUCGACCUCUGGACGGCUACAUGCCCGUGAAGGAGAAGCUCUCUGUCUAUUCCAGCUCUGCACACUCUCAUACCCACCCCCACCCUCAUCCACACCCUCUUCCCCAUUCCCACUCUCAUUCUCCGCUGCUGGACAAGCCUAUGAUCAGCACCAAGCUGUUCCCCAGCAAGCCCUUGACCCUGAGCGCCCCCAGCCCCACUGGAGGCGAGCGCCUCAACUCCAGUGGGUCCCGCUGCGGCUUCUGCAACAAGCCAGGGGCUUCUCACACCUGCAUAAAUUGCUCCAAGGUGUCGUGCGACUCGUGCAUGAGCCUGUACGCCAGCGACAUGUGCACGCGCAAGAGCCUGCACCACAGUUUCGUGCCCAACCACCAGCUCAACUACAAAUCCAGCACCAUAUCUCACCUGGUAUAUCGAUAGGCAUUACCACGCAUGCCUGUGGAGGUCGAGUGCGGACUGACUUGACGUUCUCUCUCUCUCUCUCAGAUGUUCAUAUCGACUAUCGGAAUGCAAUCUUCCUCAUCGAGCUAAGAGUCAUCUCUCCUCCGGUCCAUUUUGCUGCCUUGUAGAAAUCCAGGCUGUACUCUAAAUUUUUGGUUCUUUAUUUUUGGUUCUUUAUUUUUGGUUGUUUUUCGCCCUCUUUUCUUCUCUGUCUAUCGUCCAGUCAUGUGAUCUUGCAGUUCUUCCCACUCUUUGAACCUGCCUUGACUUUACUAUGAUUGGAGAGAAAACGAACAAGGCCAAAAAGCUGGAACAAAUCUCAUCCAGGCUUGACUGAUGGAAGUGACUGGAAAAUAAAAAAUAUGCAACGUAUAGGACUCUGUCCAUGCAGUUGUUGUGCAAAGACCUCUCCCUGGAACUAAAUUACCUACAGAGAACGUUUUUGGGCUUGAACAACUGAAAAAAAAUACACUGGAUUCCAAUAGUAUAUAUUUUGAAUCAUAAUUCUAUAGAUCUGUGAGACUGUUCAAAGGGUGGGGUGGGUUUCUGGGAGGGAGGGCUUUUUUUCAGUGGUGAAUUUGCAUCAGAAAUUGUAGUUACAGUGAAGACACUAGAUUGAACAUGCAGAUGAGAAAUACUUUAUUGGGUACUCCAUUAAGGGUCAUUAGGCCGUCCAAAAUGCUGCUGUUUCAAGUGGUAUAAAUCAGGCUGGGAUCUUUACACCCUGAUUACAUUGAUUGUGUUAUAGUGUAGCUUGUUCUGCAAUUGGCUGGCAGUAUUCAAUGCAGUGCAUUCUUUGUUUUUUUAUUUUUUUCUGCAUAAUUAAUGGUGAUUUUUAAAGUAUAUCUAGUAUAUUGCAUAUUGCAAAGUUGGCUACAUUUUUUCUUUGUGAAAUGUAAACUAAAAUGUUGACGUGUGACAAACCUACACAUCUGUUUGCCUUGUUUGACAGUACAGUUGAUUCUUGAAGUUAAUCUAUUUUACAUAUACUUACAUGGUUAACUAGUAACAGAUAAUAGUAUCUUGUUAUAUGUCUAUGUUUUUAAGCUUUAAACUCUGCCAUGUGGACAUUUCUAAUGAUGCUUUAGUGGACGCAUCUCUUUUUGCUGGAUUUGUCCCCACACAGCAUAUCAGCUUCACUGGGGUGUUGCUAUGCAUUGACCCAAAACAAUGUGAUCAGGGUGUAAGACACUGCUAAUCAUGUUCAUUAGGCUAGUUGAUGCCAGUCACACAUGCACGUCAUCGUUUUGUUCGUCCAGCUGUGCAGGUGAUUGGUUGCUUGGACUGUUUAGGUUACGUUUACGCCCAACCCAGUUUUCCCACUUCCAAAAUUCUGAAGCACAGUCCGCAACUUUGACACAUGGUCUAUGUAACUGAUAUUCCGAUUAUUUUUUUAAACACUGAACAGUUUACUUGCAUUAACAGUUGUGAAAUGCCAUUUUCUUGUUUAACAUGCUUGAUCAACAAUUGGUUUUGAAUUAGCGUUCAAGAAGUCAGUUGUUUGUGAGGUUUUAUCAAGUGAUGGCCAGAGUCCAGUCCAUUUCACAAAGCAGGAUUUCUCAGCCAAGUCAAAAAGAAACACUACCAUUGCUAACAAUGAGUAAAAGCAAAUAUCCAUCAGUUAUCAUUAUGUAAAUUAAAUCAUAAUAAUUGAUACAUUAAUACCUUUGUCAUUGUUAGCUAUGUUAGCAUUAAGGGUGUAAUAAUUUCAAUAUUUAAAAAAAUAUUUGACAACAAUGUUUUAUAAUUUAAACCAUAGCAUUCAAAAUCCUUGAAAUAGGGCAGUAAAUAACACAUCACCAUGCUUAUGGUGUUUGAGUUCUUAACAAUAAAUAUUUCUGUCUUUCCAUGGUCAUUCUUCAGUCAGUUCAUAUAGCAAACAAGCACAGCAUGUAUCAUUUCAACACCUCUCGGCUUCUUUCGAUCGUCUUUCAUUUAACAUCUGGGUGCAUCCGAUCGGAGUAAAGGGAGAGGGACUUGGGCCACACACCUGCGCUGUAAUAACUAUUUGUUUUUUUUGUUUUUUGUUUUUUAUAAAUGUUUGUUAGAGAGCAGACGUGUUUCAAAGUGCAGCCUGAAGACGAAGUAGGAGGGAUCUUUCAAUUUAGUCCUUUCAACAAAAAUCAAACCAUCUUGGGAGCCACAACAUUUUAUGUCCAUUUUACCAUCUUUGCUGUAAAUAUGUCUCAGUAUGGGCUAAUGUACUAGUAUAAAAAAUAUAAAUUGAAAUACAGACUUCCUUGGCUCUGCCUUAAGCUUUAGCUCAGCUAUAGCCGCUUUUCUCGCAUCUCCGGCAGGAAAUUUUUCCUCAGAAGUAGAAUAAUUUCUUGUAAAAUGUCUCUCAACGCUGGACUUUUUACGAGGCUGAAGUCAGCUACUCAUUCGCCAGCUUCUUGUUUGAAUUUUCCCAUUCCAUCUUAAGUGAGCUGCCAGAAUGUAACUGCUGCACCAUUUAAGGCGGAACGGCAAAAUUCGAGCAAUAAACAGGCAUAUGAGAAACUGACUUCAGGUUUGUGACUCUUUAGUGUUUGACAGUUUCUCGCUGCAGAUUAAACAUAUCAGGAAACCAGCUGAGUGCUUGUAAAUGCAAAUAAGUUCAUUCGUCUCCAAAUCAUCAUUGUUUCGUCCUAAAUCUUUCUCUUUGCCUUUUCGUUAGCUGCAAGCUCGGUGAGAUUGUUGUUGCAUUGCUAUUAUGACCAGCAUUCUGCACGCCAACCUUCAGGGGUAAAGGGUGUAUUAGCAUUUAUACAUUAACUCCAGCGUUUAAGACCAUUUAUUAUUAAAGUGAUCAGCAGAGCUUUAUUUUACUGCAAAGGAGAAUUAUUUUAUUUUUACAUAAAAAUCUAAUUCUGCUGUGGAGCCGCAACAGGGCAGUAAAAGAGCAGCAUGCAGCUCCGGACUGCAGGUUGCUGACCCCUGUAGUAUACAAAGGUUCCUUUUCAUUGCUCAGUCAAUAGGUGGAAUUCUCCUCCUCUAAGCUAAAAGUGAAGCCUGUCCAAUUGGAGAAAAGGUAAGCUUACUGAGAAAUCCUGCUUUGUGAAACAACCCCCAAGUACAGUUUGGUGAGUUCUGUGAUCAAUAACAGAUCUAAUCAAACUGUGCUGAACACAGUUGGACUCAAGUAUGUUCUAGCGUAGCUUUUACUCAGAGCUGCUAGAUGUUCCCUAUAUAUUUCCACCAUACAACACUAAUCAUGUAAGACUGUAAUAUAAUGCUUUGGAAAGAUAUCUAAAAUUUAUAAGGGAUGUAUUUAUUCUUCUAUCAAGAUUAUGACUAAGAUGCCAUACGCACACCUUCAUUUACAACAGUGUACAUUUGAGACAUCUUCGAGCAAACUUGUUUACCAGCUGAAUUUGCAUCCUACAAUGAGCCUCCCUGCUUUGUGUGAGAAAAUAGACGUUUAGCAGCUUCACAAAGCAAGGGCUAAAGAACUCGUCAGGGAAAUGGACACAACCAGACACAAUCUAAAUGAUCUGAAAGCUGGUUCCAGGUGAAUAAGGGCACAUUUUACCAGGACUGUAUCGUAUGUAUCAGUGCUGUGUGUAAAUGUUAGGGCUAUGAUGAUAUAUAUGGGUGCAAUGACUUAACGUGAUAUUAAAAUGAUGAAGGAUUAUAUUGUUA